GUGAUAAUUCUAAUAAUAUAGUUUCGUAAACAGUUCUGAAUUAUAAAGUUUUACCCAGUGCUCCGACGGACGGGAAAGUAAGAUGGCGCCUGCUCAGGAAUACAAGUUGUACGAAAAUAUAUUCAUAGAGACCAACUUGCAGUCGGCCGACUACGAUGGAGUGGUCCUCAUUUUAUACCCGGAGGAAAUGAACGUAGCACUCCCGAGGGACAUCGGCAGCUACAUAGAUAAAAUCAACAAACUAGACAAGAACAUACACAAGGUGCCUACCGUCUGGAACUGCGAUUAUGUGGCCGGCCAACGCCUGGUGCUGUCGCCGACUGGGAAAAUAACACCCUACCAUGAUGUGAAAGUUGUGAAAGAAGCGGCCAAAAAGGGUAUGACUCGAGCAAUGGAGGCCGGGAUGAAGAGACCUCUCAUCGUAAUAAAACACGUCGUUGACUACUCCGACGGGCAGCUCGUCAGCAUCCUUGGAACUCUGGAGGCUCUGUACGUUCCGCUUCAAAUGAGGGAGAGGCAGGAUUCCAAAAAUUUCAUAAGAAUCGGUUUCCACGCCGAAGAAAAACGAACCGAGGCCUUCGAGAGAAUUGUGAGGAACGCCAUAGCACUCGAGAGAUCUAGAAUUGUCACUAGAGACAUCGCCGGGGGUGACCCCGAAAGAAUGUCACCGAUAAAGAUAGUCGAAUACCUGAAAAGCUCUUUCGAUGAAAACACUAAUGUGACGAUAAAAGUGAUCGAUGACGAGGAGGAGCUGGCCGAAAAUUAUCCUCUCCUUGCCGCCGUGAAUAGAGCCGCCACACGCGUUGAAAGACAUAGAGCACGAAUUGUCGAAUUGGAGUACAAUUCCUCCGAUCCUAAUAGAGUUACCGAAACGGUCAUGCUAGUUGGUAAAGGUGUGACCUACGACACGGGCGGUGCCGAUAUCAAAAUUCAAGGAAAAAUGGCGGGUAUGUCGCGUGACAAAUGCGGGGCAGCCGCCGUUGCUGGAUUUUUGAAAGCGUGUGCUAUUUUAAAACCACCACACUUGAAGGUGGUCGGAGUAUUGUGUCUAUGUCGUAACUCGUGCGGCGCGGACUCAUAUGUAUCGGACGAGCUCCUGGUCUCCAAGAGCGGGAAGACCGUAAGAGUCACCAACACCGACGCCGAGGGUCGGCUGGCGAUGGCGGACGCUCUGUACCAUGUAACAGAAAAGGCCGGCUCGGUACUGAACCCGCACAUUUACACGAUCGCCACGCUGACGGGGCACGCUGCCGCAUGCUACGGAAGCUACACGGCAGCGAUGGAUAACCACUCCGCGAGGGCUACCAACCACGGGAGCCGCUUGCAACUGAGUGGCGCCAGCGUGGGGGAAGGUUUCGACGUGUCCACCGUCAGAUCCGAGGACCUCGCGGUGAACGUCGGAAAAUGCAUGGGAGACGACUUAGUUCAAUACGACACUUCAGCGAAAUGUCGUAACCAUCAGCUAGCAGCUGGGUUUUUGAUUAAAGUGAGUGGACUCGAGGAGAAGAACAUCAAGUACACGCAUUUGGACAUCGCCGGCUCUGCUGGCAUGCCUCCUGACGAGCCCACGGCGGUUCCUGUACUCUCUUUGUGUCACCUGCACAAGGUUUUGCUUUAGACGACUUACAGCAUACGUUACCACUGUAUUUGAAAAUUAUAAUUAUUUUAU